AUGGGGCCGCACCGUCUGUCGCUUGCCACCACACCGUUGUUCGGAGGCGGAUAUAUCAUGUCGGGUCGUCAGGGAGGUAAAUUGAAGCCGCUGAAGCAGCCGAAGAAGUCGCAGAAGGAUCUCGACGAAGACGACUUGGCCUUCAAGCAGAAGCAAAAAGAAGAGGCUGCUGCCAAGAAGGCAGCCAUUGAGAAGCUCAAGGGCAAGAAGAAGUAA